CUUAAAAGAGAGUUGCACCACUGAAUAAGAGCCCAUUUCUCAACGCUGUAAACCAAAGCUUACAAGUUCUGUCUUAUCUAUCGGUCAGUUUGAGAUUCAGAAACCAGGAUGUCCAGCACUGUCAUACCCAUGAACUCUUCAACACUCAUCAUCCAGUUUCAACCACUAACACAAACAACUCCUGUUACAACGGAGACAAAUGCUCCUGUGCCUGUUUAUGUACAACAGGUGGCAGGAGUUUCACCUCUUCGUGGACUUCAGGCAUUUCUGAAAGGCCAACCAAAAGACCUUGGGACGGUCCAGAUAAUGAUCGGUGUGCUGACUUUCCUGAUUGGCACUGUCUCUGCAUUUUAUCUAUCUUAUCCGUCUGUCUUUGUCAUUAGUGGUCUUCCUUACUGGGGAUCUCUCAUCUACAUUAUUGCAGGCGCACUCUGCGUUGCUGCAGAAAAAAAAAUUAAUUCACCCUCCAGUUUGUGUCUGGUGAAUGCUUCACUUGGAAUGAACAUUUUCAGUAUUAUAACUGCAGGCAUUGCCAUUACUAUGAUUUCACUGGAAUUGGUUAUAGGGCCAAGUUACUAUUCACAGACUCUUUUCAGUGGAAUCAGAUGUGUAUUGUUGGUAUUCGCCAUACUUGAGUUUAUCAUCUCUAUCUGUCUGUCAGCAUUUGCCUGUAAAACCAAUGUCUGCUGUUAUCCUUCUCAGGUGCAGUUUGCUCAGGUUUUACCUCCACAGCCCUCUGGUUUCUGGCCCAGUCAUUUCCAUGAUCUUAACAGCUCAGAGCAGAUACCUGUGGCCAGCAGCUCUUCCAUUCAUCACCAGCUUGCAGAUGCUCCUCCACCAUACAGCGAAUCCAAAUAACUAUGAAUAAGUGGACAGUUUUCCUUAAUAAAAGAAAAUACACAGGAAUGCAUUAUAAAACAUAAUACAAUAUAUUAAAUAAUAAAUUUCUAUAAAUUGUUUUAGAAACUAGUGCUUGUGUUUUUCCAACAUGCUGCAAUAUGUACUGCACCACAAUUUUACAUGGAAUAGCUUUAUUAAAACACUCAAUUUC